UCGUCAUUAAAAUGCACUAUUUUCAGUAUUUCAACCCCCGAAUUGUAAUUAGCAUUUCUCGUUAAUUGAAAAAGAAAAUGAUGGAAUGAUGAGGAAAACCCUUAGUAUUGACGAAGUUUUUGGUGGUGAAGAAUCUUUGCGCAACCUUAACAAAUGAAUUGUGUCAACUUUGGUAUUAUCAUUUGUCCACUUUCAUGAUUAAAAUAACAACAAAACACUGUAUGUGAAGUUGGUGCAUUAAUAUUUAAUUAUGAUUGAAUUUCAGAUGUACUAAAGUGAAGGCAAUCAUCAUCAACCUGUCUUUGCAGUUUGACCAAAGUUUUUUGGCAGCAGAAAUUUUAUUUUGGGACGAUGGGGAAUGCACUUCCUUAUGUGGGGAUGGUGAUUUCACAGUUUGCCCAGGCGGGGAAUCUGAUAGUGAGCAAGGAAGCCUUGAUAGAUGGGAUGUCAACCUACACCUUAGCUUUCUAUUCUAGUGUUAUUUCUUCAUUCAUUCUUCUUCCAUCAUCCUUUCUCCUUUACAGAACCACCCCUCUUCCGCUUUGCUGCGAUUUCUUCUGGUCCUGUUUCUUAAUUGGUGUACUCGGAUUUCUGAUGAAGAUAACUGCAAUGGCUGGGACUUUAUAUGCAUCACCAUCUCUUUGUUCAGCAAUCCUCAACCUCAUCCCCGGGUUUACUUUUGUACUUGCUGUUCUAUUCAGGAUGGAAAUACUGGACUUUAGAAGCUUCAGCAGCCUGGCCAAAACCAUUGGGACAGUUGUGUCAAUUUUAGGGGCUCUAGUUGCGACCUUUUAUCAAGGUCCCUCACUGUUGUCGACCUUAUCAAGUCCAAAUCUUUCUGUUCAUUUUCUUCUUAAUCAGUCAUCAAAUUGGGUCCCAGGAGGAAUUAUUAGUGGAAUUUGCGCCAUGGGAGCUUCUGUCCUUAUUAUGACACAGGCAUUUGUGCUUAGGAAGUACCCAGUGGAGUUGAUCAUAAUGUUUUGUUAUGGCUGCUUUCUAGCUCUUCUUUCUGCAACAGCUUCUCUAGUCAUGGACGAAGAGUACAGUACUUGGAGGUUGAAUUCUAAAUCAAGGUUACUUGCUGUCAUAUAUUCGGGGCUAUUUGGAAAUGUUACUCAACUUACGCUUUGUGCAUGGGUUGUGCGCAAGAGGGGUCCUCUUUUUGCAGCAUCAUUUCAUCCCCUCGGAAUAGUCAUAGCAACUAUUUUAGGCGUAAUCUUUCUGCAGGAUAAUUUCUACCUUGGAAGGUAUCAGUAUUUCUUCUUUGAACUUUCAUAUUGUGUUGAAAGUACAGAAACAAAAUGACGUUGCUAUAAGUUGUUUAUAUCCCUAGUUCAAAAAAACUAGUUCAAUAAUUUAAAAUUUUCAAAUCUCAUGCAGCUUAAUAGGUUCCAUAGUCAUAGUCAUUGGGUUUUAUUCUGUGAUGUGGGGGAAAGCCAAAGAAAAUUAUCUGGUUGAUCCCAAUGUGGUGGAUUGUCUGGAAUCCGGAAGUAAAAAGAAGCCUCUUCUGAGUUCCCAAGACUAAACUGGAUCAUAAGAUGAUCGAUCUUAUGGAUGCCAAAAAAAAACUUAACCUUUUGCAAAAAAUGCCAGAGCUAUAUGAGAUAGAUGGCAUCAGUUUGUCCUUUGUGCAAGCCAUUUCAAGGAAGUGUAUGCUUAAGAAGGAGAACUUGAUUCUGAAGGUGGUUUGGUCAUACUUGAGUAUCACUUAAAAUGAUGCAUUAUAAAUAGCUGAUGAAUCCUUCUUGUUAUUUAGUUUUAUAAGCCCCUAACAUAUUGUAUAAUCAUUUUUACAAUGAUUAGACCAAGGGUGUUGUUGAUAUUUUUCUUUAAUAUUCACUUUUUAAUUCUUCUCCGAAUAUAGAGAGAGUCCAUAUUUCCCAAGAGACGUACCCUAAAUUAUUGGGUUGCAACCUGGAAGGCUGAUUUAUUUUAGAGUUUUUUUUAAUGUGGAUUUAUAUGGACAAACAAUCCUUUUUUGAUGAAAAUGUAAACUUGAAGCAGUGAACACGAAACACUAAUGCCUUAGUCACAAAAAGCUUAAAUAGUAUGACCAAGACCAAUGGGGGAGUAUUGUUGCAAGCCUAUGUGCUCUAGUUGCAACCUUUUGUCAGAGGUCUUGUCUUGCUGAUGAUCCCUUGAAGUCAGAAUCUUGCUGUUUAAUCCCUGAAUCAGUCAUUGGGUCCUAGGAGGAGUUUGUCUUGGAAUUUGUUCUCUUUCAGCUUCAGAAGAAGUUUUGGUACUCGUAAUCAUUUCUUAGUACAAAAUGAAGUUAUCAUUCUGGGCCUCAUUUAAAUGUUUUUCAGGCUUCUUUCCUUCAGAAGUUGUUCAUAAUGUUUUCUUCUACCUGCUUUUUGACUAUCCUUUCUGCAUCAGCUUCUCCAAUCAUUGACAAAGACUUAGAUACUUGGAGCGUGAAUCCUUUAUGAAGGUAAUUUGCUGUUUUUUACUAUCCUUUUCUUACUAUCCUUAAAAGCUUGCUUACUAUCCUUUUCUUGAUGCACCACUGAUCUUUAUAAGAUCAUGAAGAAUGCAUACACAAAUUUACAACUAUUGGAUGCGGAGCUAAUAAGCCUUUAGUCCUGGUCAUCCUAUUGUUUGCUGCUUUGCGAAGCGGCUAGCAUGUCUCCCAAAAGCCUAACCAUGAAAACUAUAGUAUGUGAUAAACAGCUGCAGCUAAUGGAUUGCUUGUUCAAUUGUCUAUAGUAUGCAUUUUCAUGUCAUAAUGUUCACCAAUCUAGGGACAAUCUGGAAAUGUUUCCAACCAGGGGCACAUGGUUGUGCGCCAGAAGGGUUGGCCUCUUUUUUCCACUGCAUUUCAUCCCCUUGGAGUUGUCAUCGCAACUACUGUCGGCAUAAUCUUCCUGCAUGACAUUUUCGGUCUCGGACAAGCAUUCCUCUCCAAACCUGGUCCAAGUGUCAAAACUGGAAGAUAUAGAUAUUUUUAUAAAUUGGCCAUUUUUUCUGCAGUUUUCAUUUUCUAGCUUAGUUUGAUUACUCUUCUUUUUCAAUAUGAGGAUUUGAUAAUAAAGGACUAAUGCACUACCAGAAGUUAUGCAAAUUCAAUGCAGUCCAACAGGCUUCAUAGGCAUUGUCAUUGGAUUUUACUCUGCUGUGUGGGGAAAAGUUAUGGAAAGGAUGGUUGAUUACAAUGUGGUCAAUUGCUUGGAAUCAGGAAACGAGAAAGCGCCUCUUCUGAGUUCCAAGGAUGACAAUGGAUCAUCAGAAUAUCUUACUAGUAAUGGUAGAGCUAUUCAAAACAGCAUUAGUUUGACUUAUCCGCUUGCAGAUCUUCUGCCAUAGAUCCAUCAUGAUGUUUUCGGUGUAAUUUAUCUCCGAUAUGUUGUACUGCUAGUGCAUAGAACCCUAGGCUUCAGAAUUCUUGUGUCCUAUAUGUAGCUAUAUCAAUUAAGUGUAUAUGAGAUUGAUCUUGUAAUGUGUUUGUUCAUAGUUCAUAUUAUCAGUUAAUCAGAAUCGUUCAAACUA